AUGUCAUCAGCAACAUUUACACAAACCAGGUCGCAUGCGUUGAGUUUAGAAAAACAGGCUGAUAGUUUGUUAUCACGAUAUUCUGCAUUUCAAAACUUAUCUAAUACAAACUCAAGUGACGAAGAAAAUGAACUCAGUGAUUCCAUAUCCGAAAACUUAGAGAAACGGGAAAAUGUUAUAAAUACAUUGAAUAGAAUAUCCGAAACAGACACGAAUUUGUCCACGUCCAAGUUACAACAACUCCAAAGACAUAAAGAAAUAUUGAGCGAGCAUAAGCGGUCAUAUGCCAAAAUCAAAGGUGUUAUAAACGAAGAAAGGAAUAGAAAUAACUUGUUGUUUUCGGUAAGAUCUGACAUCAAUGCACAUAGAGAAAGAUCAUCAAAUAAUUCAAACAACCGUGAUUUGAACGCCAAUGAUUACAUAUUGGACGAGAGAGUUCGAGCAGACAACGCUAAUUCAUUUGCGGAAAGACUCUUGCAACAGGCAUAUAAUACUAGAGAUGAGCUCUACAGUCAAAGAGCUUACUUGAAUAAUGCCCAACUGAGGAUGAUGGGUGCUGUCCUGCUGAUACCAGGCAUAAAUGUGCUUAUUUCUCGAAUUAAUACCCGGAGAAAAAGAGAUACAUUAAUAUUGGCUACAGUUAUUGCAGUUUGCAUUUUGAUAUUGUUUUUCUUCUAA